GCAUACUCUUGGCUGUGCCCGCUCCUGCUGUCCACCGGUCGUUACGUGUAUAUGGACGAUGCCUGUGUCCCACGUGCUUCACUAGUCGCAGCGUACGAUUAGUUCGUCUGCUCUCGUCUUCCUUCGGGUGCGGUAUAAUCAGGCCUGCCUGACAUUUUUGAGGGCUAGCCCUCUAAUAUCUACUGAAAAUGAGCUUCAUACGAGAGGAUAUCUCCGAACCUGAGCAAAUGAAGGCUCAAGCAAUAGUGGUGAUUCAUCCUGGUUCCCAAAACCUUCGCAUUGGUCGGGCUUCAGAUCCAAAACCGGUCACAGUUUUGCAUGCAAUUGCAAGACGAAGGAAACCCGAGGGUACAUUUCAUCAAGACCCUUCCAUUGCACCUGCCAUCAAAACAGUCUGCUAUCAUUUCCAGGACAAGGGAACUUUGAAAAAGCUGGAGGAGAGUCGAUUGAGCCUGAGUCACCUGUUACAAUCUUGCCUGAUGUCAAAUGGAAAGCAGCGCUAUGCAACCUCCUCACAGCAGAUUGCUAGCUUCAAUAAAGGCAGCAAACCAGUACAAGCUGAUGAUGCUACACAAAGCAAGUGCUUUUUGCCUGAUGCAGAUACUGAUUGCAUCAUAGGAAACCAGAUCCUUGAAAUGCAAGAAGAGAGUCUCCAGGACUUCAAUCUUCAUUUUCCUAUGAAGAGGGGGGAAUUGAAUAUUCACAAAGGACCAAGUGGAACUCUUACUGCCAUCAUGGCUGACUUGCAAGCCAUCUGGGAAUUCUCUCUCUCUCAUUACUUCUCCAUUAAUCUCAAGGACCUCAAGCAUUAUCGAGCAGUCUUAAUCAUCCCAGACAUCUACAAUCGGACUCAUCUUAAGACUCUGGUGCAUUUGUUAUUGAAGAGAAUUGGAUUUGGAGGCUGCUUUCUUGUUCAGGAUCAUGUGGCAGGGACAUUUGGUGCAGGUCUACCCCAUGCCUGUGUUGUGGAUGUAGGAGACCAGAAGACUUCCAUAUCAUGUGUGGAAGAUGGGAUCUCUCAUGUUGAUACCCGGGUUCGUCUUGGGUUUGGAGGAGGGGACAUAUCUCAGGCUCUGCAUUACCUAAUGAAGAAGUGUAGUAUCCCCUUCUCUCCUUCCAACCCUGUCCUCCCUUAUGAAUCUCAGCUCCUUCAUAGAUUCAAAGAAGAUUUCUGUCAUGUGAACCUUGACAUCUGUGGCCCCCAGGAAAAGGUGAUUCUGAUAGAGAGGCCUGGGGAGAAGCCAGUGGAACAUGUUAUACAGGUGGGAGAUGAAUGCCUGGUAGCUCCUUUGAGCAUGUUUCAACCAGAUCUCCUUGCCAUCACGGGGGAAAAGGAGAUCCAGACUCAAAAACCUUCUGUUGGUGAUCCUGAUGAUCCUCAUGAUCUCCUCUAUUUGAAAGAAACCACCCGGAGAGGUGCACGGGGGGAGGAGCAAGAUGAGGAUGCUGAGAUUGAUCUUGAAGACUCAUCUGUGUCGGAAGGUCAAAAUGGGAAGACACUAGACAUCCCAAUGGGACUGGACUCAGCCAUCCUGUGGAGCAUUGAUCAGUGUCCCUGGGAUGACCUGAAACGGAAGAUGUAUUCCUGCGUCCUAGUCAUUGGAGGUGGUUUCAAAUUCCAUGGAGUUGGGACCUGGCUCAAGAAUCGCCUUUCUCUGCAAAUUCCAUACAGCCAUCGACCUGAGGUCCUGGAUGUUGUGACCCGACCCAAAGACAUGGAUCCUCAGAUGACAGUGUGGAAGGGGGCUGCCAUCAUGUCCUGCUUGGAGACAGCACAGGAACUGUGGAUCAGCCAGAAGGAAUGGACCAGAUUCUCAGUGAAGAUCCUUAGGGAGAAGGUUCCUUUCAUUUGGUGAUUUACUGUUUUCCAUGAAUUUAUUUUGUUUGAAGAAACCAAAGUUUCUGCUCAUAUGGAG